AUGCCGGGGCACACUGACCACACCCUUCUCCCCAAGUCUCGCGUAUAUCUCGUAUACGUCGUCGUCCCCGUGUUGCUUUGGCUCGAUGCCAGAGAGGGCCCAGAAGUCGAGACAUGGAUCGAGCGACUGUUAUCAAAAUCCAAUGCGCUCAAAAUCUUCGCGUCCACAGUCUUCAAACCUAUCCUCGUCGGCUUGUUCCUAUCUUUCAUCGGCUGGCUCGCGUCCUGGCAUAGCUAUGCGCUCCUAUUCCCACUUUGCCAAAUUCACCUUCGGGUCAAUCGUCAACUACUUGUUCCACUUAUCGCGGCUCUCCUGAUUGCCUUCACGGUACUGGGUAUCUCGUUGGAUGUGCCCAUGGGAACUCACAAAGUACUACGGAAUUGGAGCCCCAUCCGCGUCCUGGUAGAUUUCGAAGAACUCUACAGGACGACCUUGAUUACCUGCGGCUACAUGCACUGCAUUUCCAUGACAGCCCAAAUCAUCGUCCUGACCUACUGCGGAGGCCUCUACACACCAGACUCUUGGACCCUUGACGGCACCGAGGAGCCACGUACAGCCACCGUACCUUUGAUCCGGGUGGUUUCCGGGAAGCAACUGCUUCAAGAAGUCAAAGCCGGAGAAGCACGGUCAGUUAUCAUCGAUGAAGACGAUGAUGAAAGCGACCAAAGCACGAGCUUCAUCGAAGAGGACGAGUUGGCGGAGAAGCCGUGGGGAAGUGUAAUGCAUGUCGAUGCGGAUGACUUGAUCGAGGCCGAUGUGGAGGAGGUCUAG